UUCCGCCGGCACUGAUGUGUCAGCAGCACCCCCAAGACCACAUAUUCGCCAGAGCGUUUUGUACUCAGAUCGCCCAAGGCGAUCCAGGAAACCUACAUCAGAUAAGCUACCGGUUGAGGAGCAUGCCGGUGAGGUGAGCAGCAGGGAGUUUCAAGUCUCGACACAUCAUCAGUCACGCUCCACACGUGAGUCAACUUACAGGCCGCCUCACUCGGUCACGUGGAAGCCAGGAACUGGAACUAACGAAUAAGCUACUGUAAGUUUCCUUAGUUGUUCGGAUAUUGUAUGGUGCUUAUUUUCAUGAGCACUUAAUAAUAUGCUGUUUUGGCUAUUACUUGCACUUCAAUUCUCAUAGAAGAAAUAGUUUUGUAUGCAAUGUUAGUUUCUUUUAAAGUAGCUAGCAAUUAUUUCCCUUAUUUCCAUAGGCAUGGACCAACAUGUUGUCAUCAGGGUUGAGGAGAAUGCUAACAAGGUGAGUGGCAGUGUGGAUCUACCUGAAUCGAAGACACUAGCGCUGAAUGACACACGUCCUAAGCCUGAAUUAACUGAUAGGGUUGAGGAGAAUGCUGGCAAGGUGAGCAGCAUUGAGGGUCCUGCAGUUAAGGUUCUACUGGUUGAGGUGGAUGCUGGUGAGGUGAGCAGCAUGGAGUUUAAAGCAUCUACACUCCGCCAGUCACCUCCUACACUUAACUCAACCCACAGGUCCAAGGAAUGUGCUUAUGACACUGCCGAAAGUAAGACUGGCUCUGAAAUUGUUGAGGAGGAAAAGCUUGCAGAUGAAUCAGAUCCUUGGGCACAAGAAUAUCGUGAGAUACUAGAGUACUUGGCCGAACAUAGAUAUACUGACGUCGUGGAGGCUAUGAUUGCCGCUAGUCAUGGCUUUAGCAACCCGGCCCAGCAUAAACUGGAUGCUGAAGCAUUUUGGUCAUCAGGAGAGGAAUUAAAAUUUCCUGAAGUCUCCAAGUCCUUUGCCUCCCCAACAGAGAAUUCAGUGCAGGGAGAACCGUCUACCAAAGAUAUCAUUGAGAAUGCUAAGAAGUGGAUGGGCGAGGAAGUCAUGGUGGCUUUCAAGAAGUACAUCAAAUGGCAGGACCAAUUCAAAGACGUGGAGUAUAGCCUGGAUGAGCUUCAACAUCAGUGCUUCAGCGUGGAGAGCUAUGACCAUACCUUCCAUCACUUCAACUUCACCGUUAAGAUGAAGAAGCCAGACGGUGAUGAUUGGUCAUCGACGCCCUAUUUUGCUCAAGUGAAAGAGAUCUAUGGAAGAAAAUAUUAUACCUGCUACGAACUAAGUUCAUAUGAUGAUGGUCACUGCUACGCGUGCAUAAAUCAAGGAAUGCAUGCACUGAAGCACCCUAUUGGUGAGUUCGGGUACGACGGUGGCCAUCCUGACACGGGGUCCCCCUUCAUUUAUCUUAGUGACGAUGAAUAAUCAGAUGUCGAGCUAUUACGGUGUGUUUCAGUCAAUGACGGGACGGUUACAUCUUCUGAUCUGCAUGUAGUUCAGUAUUUAAUUAUUCUUGAUACUGAACGUUUACUCAGGAGUCGCCGUGUUUGUAGUACAAUUGUGAAUUAUGUACGUAGAUGUUUUUUUUGGGAUCAGAAAUUUGUAUUCUGUCUCCAAAAAGGGCUAUAAAUUUUAGGGAAAUGUUAACUA